AUGAGCUGGGUGGUGGCUGAGAACACGCCGACGGCGACAGUCGUCUGGAUGGCGGCCGAGCUGAUCGGCAAAGCGCAAAACCACGAGCAGCUCCAGAGAAUCUGCGACUACCUCGUCAACAAACACUGGUUCCAGACGGCCGCUGACUUGAGAAGCGCUCGACGAGAGACGACGGAAUGGCAGGCACUGGAGGUGCCCGGGCGGCUGAAGCUUGCCAUCCAGCAAGUCCUCGACCAGACAACGCCUCACCAGGAACCGUUCUCAACAUUUGGCUACGAAGACUACUACGCUGCCGUUCGUCCCUCAAUUUCAUCAGAGGGUGAAGCAGCGACUCAGUCGUGGUCGGACGCCACAGCUGCCUAUGGUGCCGAUCACGAGACCUACUGCAACAGUAGCGCGACCUCCGGUUACAAUGAAAGUGGGGCGGCAGCGACUACCUUGUUAAGUUUGCAGAGCAGCUCUGAGCAGGUGUUGCUCGAUGACAGCGACGUCGUUGAAGCACAAGUCAUCGACGCGGAGGUUGCAGAAGAGUGUGUAGAAGCCGAGGCCGCCGAAGUUACUCCAGAGCAGCCUCAGGACAUGUAUGCGGAGCCUGCGCUACAAGAUCGGCCUCAACUAGACGCGAGGGACACAGUUGGGACCUGGAGCUGCGGGCAGUGCACGUACAUGAACCCGAUGACAUCCUCAUUUUGUGAAAUGUGUAUUGGCCACAUCUCGCUGUCACCCGACGUUAAGACUACGGCUGGUACCAGUGUUUCGGCCUCCUUGCUCAUUCCCGCCAAGCCGGUGGUUGACGUGGAGAUGACCUCGCCUCGGGUAGAACCUUCUACCGAUAUGCGCUCUCCGCAGCCAAGCGUGACUUGCAUGCUGCCUUCUGUUGCCUCGCUGUACUCUCCUUCGGCACCAGACUACGAAAUGUGUGAAGACGAACGAGUAGAUUCAACUCCGCUGCCCCCGCCGCCACCAUACCCAGGUACAAGCAGCUGUGGAAACGUCGACUUCUUGGCACUUGCCUUCAGCGGCAGUAGUGCCCCCAAAACUCAAGCAUUAGAGUCCCCUCCAGCAGCAAAAGCCAGCCAGAUGCGGUGUGAAGAGGCCACCACCAUCACUGAGUACACAUUUUAG